AUGGCUGCAAUUACAGACAAGCAUCCCCAAACAACAUCUUCAUCUAUCCUCCACUCCCAGCAAGCGCCAACCAGACGUCCACGGGCACUUACCAUCCCUCUACCGGAAGGCAUCAAUGAAACCCAGGUAAUUGAGAAAGUGAGAGUCCAUCAGCAGCCGCAACAGCCUACUAGUCUCAUGGGAAAGGUCUUUCAACGUAACCAGAAGGCAAAAUGUGAACCCAGCAUCUCAUUUGUGGUCAAGACGGUGACCCAACAGACAUACGAUCAACAACAGUCGCCUUUAUGUCGGCUUCCAUACGAUGUCCGGCUGAAGAUCUGGGAAGCGUGCUUGAGUGACCACCGCUGGCAUAUCGGUUGUGAGCCUACCAAACUCCGACUGCUGGGUCUCGAAUGCAAUGGUUGUCAUCUGGCGACGGACCUUCACUGCCGAAUUGAUACGGAUAUGAAUGGGCGAACUUUGAGAGGCAGGUUGAAGGCCGUUGGCCGGCUGUCGUUGCUGCAAGUGUGUCGGACGGUGCCGCAGGACUUUGUUGACGAAUGCAGGUACUCUGAGACUGUCCCUCUACUAUAUAAAGACAACGUCUUCGACUUUAAUGAUAUCAAAGACGUGAGAUCGAUGUCGUACUCGGUGCCCUCGUCACGCUUCAACCUCAUUCGCACUUUAAAGCUGGAUUGGACGCUCGAGAGAAUGUCUCGACGAGAUACAUACAAAAUGUUUCUUCGCCGAUACGACCUUUGGGUGAACGACUGUGCGAUUCUGGCAAAUAUGAAGGGUCUGACUAAUUUGUAUCUGUGUCUUCGUGGAGAGCAGCUAAAAGAGGGCAAAGAGCUGGAUGCUGUAUUUUCACCGUUGGCCAUGAUUUCAGCUAAGAUGUUUGAACUGUGGCUGCCGGAUACCACCAGAUGGAAAGAAGAAGACAUCCCGUCGGAGCUAUCUUCUCGACCGGCGUUUAAAAUCCGUUUACUUACCUAUGAUGAGUUGAUUCCCCCGCCGGGGGUUCCAAACCGUCAUAACGUAUACCACGCCAGUUGGUCUCCCAGACUUAAAGCAACUCGUCUACCUCUUUGGCUGAUGGGAGCUCAGAUGUAUCCGUUAGACCUGCAAAUGUCGGUCUGGAAGAUCCAAUCCACUUUCAUGCGUCAACUGAUCACAUCCCCACUUCUGGUUUUCCCCCCAUCUGUGACCAUACCCAGACACGCAACAUGCGCUACGCGAUAUACCGUAACAUCGAAUCAGCUCAAGACACCGAACGCAACCAAUGACCAGACCAGGGUACUGCCGGCCAGGAUCGAGCAAAAUCCUGCUAUCCCCGAUGACCCUGAGACCGAAGCAACCAUUUGCCGAGAGCUGGGCAGACUGAUCAUGCAGCACACGGCAAGCUCGGAAGCCAUGGAUGUUUUACAAGCCGCCAAGAUUGCCGUCGAUCCUUUGAUAGCUAUCGAGAUCUAA